AUUGUGGAUGGAUUGCAGUGCACUGAACUGUAUAGAGCAGGGUACCAUCCAGGCUGCUGUCUGUGAGGGGUGGGGUCCGGCUACACUGACACCACCAAACGUACGCUUAAAGAGGGUCACAGAGACGCAGGAAAAGAGAGGAAAAGAGAGAGAGAAGAGGGGGGAAGAUUGUACCUGAGGAGGACGACCAAACGGGAUGAAAGCAGACACCCCGGUGAACAGCGCCAUGAGUGUCGGCCAAGCCAGGAAGCUGGUGGAGCAGCUGAAGAUAGAGGCCAGUUUUUGCAGGAUAAAGGUAUCAAAGGCGGCCGCCGACCUGAUGGCGUACUGCGACACGCACUCCUGUGACGACCCGCUCAUCACCCCCGUGCCCACCUCGGAGAACCCUUUCAGGGAGAAGAAAUUCUUCUGCGCUCUUCUUUGAGACCAAUCAGGGAUUGUUGUCGAUUCACGGUACAACUGUACAGUGUGUAUAAGUAGUUCUGAUCUGAAUAAGAUGUCAAUGUACUGUAGUAACCUUGCAUAAAAGCUGCCGAUGUACAUAGUACACAAAAUCCACAACAUGUCUCGAACUAAAUUCUUUAACCGCUGACGUCCUUCUCAAUGUGAGAGGAGAACAAAUAAGAAGAAGAAAGAGAACGUUAAACUAAACCUGAAAGCAAUUAGUAAAGAGUUGUUAUUAUUAUGAAGAAACAAGACUAAAAUACAUUUAAGAAACAGCUAUCAUCUGUUUGGAAACACAUUUCAGUGUCCAUACAUUUGAGAUCUGGUAAGUGAGGAAAAAAAGAAAAAAGACAAGAGGUGAUGGAGGAGUUCCCAUGUGGUGAUUACUUGUAGGUGCAGGUAGUAACACUUUACUUCCAGGUAGAGGUCUUCAUUCUCUCUCCAACAUUUAGAUCGUCCUUAAAGAGCGACGUCCCACCUGUUAAUAUAUUUUGUAUUCCUCAGCCACUUUCCCCAUUGUGGGCGGUUCAAGACAACAGCUGUUCCUGCGUACAAUUAUCAAGAUUUUAGCAUUUUGCUCAUUUGUGGAAAUAAAACCUCCCGUUAGCAAAGAAUUUCUCAUGUGUGAUAUUAUUUGAUAAUGUAAAUCAUUUUUAAAUGGACAUGACAAUAAAACAUGUUUUUAAA